AUGGCUUCGAGUACGAUUCGGAAAGCGAUCGGUGCGGUGAAGGAUCAGACGAGUAUUGGAAUUGCGAAGGUGGCGAGUAACAUGGCGCCGGAGUUGGAGGUGGCGAUUGUGAAGGCGACGAGUCAUGAUGAAGAUCCGGCGAGUGAGAAGUAUGUGAGGGAGAUUUUGAACUUGAUGUCUUAUUCUCGUGGUUAUGUGAACGCUUGUGUGUCAGCGGUGUCGAAGCGGUUGGGGAAGACGAGGGAUUGGAUUGUUGCGUUGAAGGCUUUGAUACUGGUUCAUCGUUUGAUGAAUGAAGGGACGGUGGUUUUUCAGGAGGAGAUUUUGUAUGCUACUAGGAGGGGGACUAGGUUGUUGAAUAUGUCGGAUUUUAGGGAUGAGGCGCAUUCGAGUUCUUGGGAUCAUUCGGCUUUUGUUAGGACGUAUGCGAUGUAUCUUGAUCAGCGGCUUGAGUUGAUGUUGUUUGAUAGGAAGAGUCUUGGUGGUGGUGGUGGUGGGGGUUCUGGGAGUGGUAGCGGUGGGGAUGAUAGAUUUGGUGGGAGGGAAAACUUUAGAUCUCCGCCGAAUGAAUAUGAGUAUGGAGUUAGAGGGGAUGGUGGGAGUGGGAUGAGGAAGACGAGAUCGUAUGGGGAUAUGGCUGAUGCGGCGGGGCAGGAUGAUAGAAGGAUUGUUACUGUUACUCCUUUGAGGGAUAUGAAGCCCGAGAGGAUUUUCGGUAAGAUGGGUCAUUUGCAGAGGUUAUUGGAUCGUUUCUUGUCUUGUAGGCCUAUCGGGUUGGCUAAGAACAGCAGGAUGGUUUUGGUUGCUUUGUAUCCGCUUGUUAAGGAGAGCUUUCAGCUGUAUGCGGAUAUAUGUGAGGUUUUGGCUGUGUUGCUUGACAAAUUCUUUGACAUGGAGUACCCUGAUUGUGUGAAGGCCUUUGAUGCUUAUGCAAGUUCAGCUAAACAAAUUGACGAGCUGAUUACCUUUUACAAUUGGUGUAAAGAUAGUGGUUUAGCAAGAUCCUCCGAGUACCCAGAAGUUCAGAGAAUUACUAGUAAGUUGCUGGAGACGUUGGAGGAGUUUGUGAGGGAUAGGGCUAAGAGGCCUAAAAGUCCAGAGAGGAAAGAGGAAGCUCCCAAAGUGGAAGUACAAGAGGAGGAGCCGGUACCAGAUAUGAAUGAAAUUAAGGCAUUGCCUGCACCUGAGAAUUAUACCCCGCCUCCUCCUCCGCCUGUACCAGAGCCUGAACCAAAGCCACAGUUUACGGAAGACUUGAUGAAUCUGAGAGAGGAUGCAGUCACUGCAGAUGACCAGGGUAAUAGAUUUGCUUUGGCACUCUUUGCUGGUGCACCGGCGAAUAAUGCCAAUGGAUCGUGGGAAGCCUUUCCAUCAAAUGGACAGCCAGAAGUAACUUCAGCUUGGCAAACCCCUGCUGCAGAACCAGGGAAAGCUGAUUGGGAAUUGGCACUGGUAGAGACAGCCAGCAAUUUAUCAAGGCAGAAAGCAGAUUUAGGUGGUGGGCUAGAUCCUUUAUUGUUGAAUGGUAUGUAUGAUCAAGGAAUGGUCAGGCAGCAUGUCAGCACUGCCCAACUUACUGGAGGGAGUGCAAGCAGUGUGGCAUUGCCGGGAGCGGGAAAGACCACUACACCUGUUUUAGCUCUUCCGGCCCCAGAUGGAUCUGUGCAGCCAGUUAAUCAGGACCCAUUUGCUGCAUCUUUGAACAUUCCACCUCCCUCCUAUGUGCAAAUGGCCGAAAUGGAGAAGAAACAGCAAUUGCUUGUGAAUGAGCAGCAACUGUGGCAUCAGUAUGCAAGGGACGGGAUGCAAGGCCAAACUAGCUUGACAAAAUUGAACGGUACUGGAUACUACGGUGGAGGUCCUAUGCCUUAUGGAAUGCCCCCGGCCUAUGGAAUGGGACCUCCAAACGGGUAUUACCAUACUCCUCUCUGA